ACGGAGCAGACAAGUAUCAGAACGACAGUUGAAGUGAUGAGGUCCGGACGUGUCUCAGUAUAAAAUAGAAGACCAAAAAAAUUUAGUGCACAUUUGCCAAGUUGCAUAAAAAACACACACGUGCAUACAAAAAAAUAGAAUAUCUAAAUUUGUGAAAAAAUCCUGAAGUGUCCUGUUUCAAUAACGGAAGUACAUACAUACAUCCGGUGUAGUAAAUGCAAUGCAAAGGGAGUAAUAAAAAGAGGAGCACGAAAUUCCCAUCAGAAUAAAAAAGAAAGUUGCACAUAUUAAUGCAAAAAAGUGUUGUAUCCUUUUGAGGGAAAUUCGAAACGCAACGACUUGCUAGCGACAGUUAAAAGUGGUUGAAAAAUUUUGAGGAUUGGAAAAGAAAUGCAUAUAAUCUGAAGGCUAAUGCUGUUCACAGUGUAAAACGAAGAAAAAAUUUACAAUGGGGCUAGAAUUCUUUUUCAAAUUCGGCUAUGCGUUCCUCAUCAUAACGCUUAUGAUAAUGAUAUGGAUGUCUUUGGCGCGCGCCUCGAUGCAUAUGCAUGAAAUGGACGAAAUGCGCUAUCCGCCUUGCACACAAAACGCACUCUGCACGUGUUCGAAAUCAUCGACGGAUCUGGGCGUUGUGCACUGCAAGGAUGUGCCAUUUCCGGCGCUGCCCAAAAUGGUGAACGAAUCAAAGGUUUUUAUGCUACAUAUGGAAAAUACGGGUUUGCGCGAAAUUGAACCUUACUUCCUGCAAUCGACAGGCAUGUAUCGCUUGAAAAUAUAUGGCAAUCACCUGACGGAAAUACCCGACGAUGCCUUUAUGGGGUUGGAACGUUCACUCUGGGAGCUGAUAUUGCCGCAAAAUGAUCUUGUUGAGAUACCGUCAAAAUCGUUCCGUCAUCUACAGAAGUUGCGUCAUCUUGAUUUGGGUUAUAAUCACAUAACACAAGUGCAACACGACUCAUUUCGUGGCCUCGAAGACUCACUGCAAACGCUGAUUUUACGCGAUAAUUGCAUUUCCAUGCUGAUGGCACAUAGCUUUUCUGGUCUACUCAUAUUGGAAACAUUGGAUUUGAGUGGCAACAAUCUUUUUGAAAUUGAUCCUAAUGUCUUUGUGGAUGGUAUGCCCCGCCUAACCAAGCUAUUACUGACCGAUAAUAUUCUCUCCGAGAUACCAUAUGAUGCGCUCGGCCCGUUGAAAACUUUGCGAACCCUGGACAUAUCACACAAUGUGAUAUGGUCCUUGAGUGGCAACGAUACGUAUGACAUUAAAUCCACCACAAAGCUUAAUUUGGACAAUUUGCACUUGGAAUAUAAUCACAUCGAUAUGUUGCCACCAAAUUCGUUUAAGAAUUUCGACAUUGUGAACAGGACAUUCUUCGAUGGUAAUCCCAUACACACGCUGAGGGAGGAUGCUUUCAAACCGGCUAAAAUACGUGAGAUCUAUAUGCGUUACUGUGGCCUGACGAACAUCUCGCCAGUGGCAUUCGAUAGUUUGGUCAAUAGUCUGCAGAUACUGGAUUUGUCGGGCAACAACUUAACGCAUUUACACCACAAAUUAUUUAACAAUUUCGAUGUGCUAAGAGUUAUUAGUCUACGCGAUAACAAAAUUAAGAUCGAACAACCUUUGGAGACUUUCAACGCCAUGCAGUAUACCCUGCUGAAAUUGGAUUUGAGCGGCGACAAGAAUGACCCGACAAAUCUACAAACGCUACGCAAUAUGACCAGAAUGCGAAAUAUGCGCUCGUUGUCAAUGUCGCGCAUGGGUAGCGCCACUUCGAUAGGUCCGGAUGAUUUCAAGGAUUUCGGUGUUGAAUUAGAGGAUUUGCAAAUCACACGCGCCACACUCGCCACAAUACAAUCGCAUGCUUUCAAACAUGUACGUGGACUUAAACGUUUGGAUUUUAGUGAGAAUGGCAUACAAACAAUUGAAAAUGAUGCAUUUCAUGAGAUUGGGCACUCACUUAUAUCGCUAAAAAUUUCACAUGGCUUCACCGGCGCUGCGCUACCGGCCGAUCCGUUGCGACAUUUGACGUCACUGCAAGAAUUGGACUUCAGCAAUAAUAAAAUUACUAGCAUGAGUGAUACCAGUUUCCAUUUUUUGAAGAAUUUGCGCCUACUAGAACUGCACGAUAAUCGCAUCGAACAGGUCAUGAAGGGCACAUUUCAGGGUGAUAUACAUUCGAAGCUAGAGGAAAUAUCAUUGCGUUUCAAUCAUCUAACUCAAAUAUCACAGCAUACUUUCUUCGAUCUGGAGGCUUUACGCAAAUUGCAUCUGGAUGAUAACAAAAUAGAACGUGUCGAACGAAGAGCUUUUAUGAAUCUGGAUGAAUUGGAGCAUCUCAGUUUGCGUGGCAAUAAAUUAAAUAACUUGGCUGAAGAAUCGUUUCAGAAUUUACCCAAAUUAGAAAUCCUCGAUAUGGCCUUCAAUAAUUUACCAAAUUUCAAUUUCGACUACUUUGACCAAGUGGGUACUUUAUCUAAUUUGAAUGUGAAUGUGAGCCACAAUCAAAUCAAAAUGUUAAUGUACAACAGUUCAUGGACGGGUCGGAAUGAUCAUGGUGAGUAUACGAGUAUGAGUAUGAUAUUUAUCUGUAAAACAAUUACACAAAAUGAGUAUUUAUCCACAGGUUCAAUGUAUCACUCAAAUAUUAAAUUACUUGACUUAUCACACAAUAACGUCUCUUUAAUACAUCCGGGCUAUUUCCGGCCCGCGGAAAUUUCGUUGACCCACCUAUACAUGGGUUACAAUUCGUUGAUGAAUGCCACGCGUGAUGUCUUCGGCAACAUGCCACAUUUACAAUGGCUGGAUCUGUCUUAUAAUCGUAUACGUGAGCUGGACUUUGAUGCAUUUAAAAAUACCAAACAGCUGCAGCUUAUUUAUCUGGAUCACAAUUACUUAACAGACAUUCCUCAAGACAUCUUCAAACCCAUUUACGCUUUGCGCGUCGUCGAUAUGUCACACAACCAUUUACGUGGCUUACCCGAUAAUCUCUUCUAUAAUGGCGGCAUGGAAAAAAUGGACGUCUCGCACAAUAUGUUGCUCAAAAUACCUUCAUCGUCCCUAUCCAGCUUAGCCGCUUUGACAUUGUGUGAGUUGCACUUAUCCAAUAAUUUCAUCUCGACCAUACAUAGCAUGGAUUUGUCAAAUAAAUUUAGGUCCCUUCGCUAUCUUGACAUCUCCUACAAUUACCUGUUGCGCAUUGAUGACGCAGUUUUCGCCACUAUGCCACGUCUCGCUGUGCUCGAUCUAUCACACAAUCGUGAUCUAAAAGUGAUGGACAAAUCCUUUAUGGGUUUGGAGAAUUCGUUAAUUAAACUGGGCAUGGAAAAUGUUUCUUUGAGCACUAUACCCGUAAUACGUUUAAAGUACUUGCGUGAAUUGCGCUUGGGCUAUAAUGAAUUGCCAUCGAUACCUCAAGAAUUGGCCUUCAAUAUGAGUAAUCUGCGUAUGAUCGAUUUGUCCAAUAAUGACUUAACUAAUGUACCACUAAUGACGCAAUCACUGCCGCAUUUAAGAAAACUGAUGCUCUCGGGAAAUCCCAUUACCUCGCUGAAUAACAAUAGUUUCGAUGGUGUCAAUGAGGAUUUGGAAAUGUUGGACAUCUCCAAUUUCCGCUUGCACUAUUUCGAAUAUGGUUGCUUGGAUUCAUUGCCACAUUUGCGUUCGCUCAAACUUACCGCCUAUUCACAUUUGGAACAUUUCAAUAUACCACAUUUACUGCGACAUCAUCAUAAUAUACGUGAACUAUGGAUUGAGGCACCACAGCCAUUUACGCGCAUAAUAAAGAAAGGUUCAGGCGCAAAUCAAGACAUACAGCAAGUGCAAAUGGGUCAACCUACUGAUUUGGGUCGCGAAAUGGAGGGUUAUUUGCCGUCCAAGCUGACGAAUAUCACUUUCAGUGGUCCACAGUUUAGUAGCCUUAAUGAGCGUAUUUUGAAGGGCAUGCGUUCACCAUAUUUGUAUAUGCAACUAUUUAAUACUACGCUUAAGGAGAUACCGACAAAUUUCUUCAAAAAUGUGGGACGCGUGCGUAAUAUCUCACUAGACAUACGUUAUAACAAUCGUAUACUGAAAAAGAUACCCAAUCCGAAUACUGGUAAUGUGCCGUAUUUGCCAAAUAGCGUUUUUCUAACAGACCUAAAAAUGUCCGAUACAGAUUUGAAUUGUGAUUGCGAUUUAGGAUGGGUAGAGUUUUGGCAACGCAAACGGCGGCAGUAUAUUUGCUCUUCACAAACUUGGACCGACACCGUAUUUAGAACGUUUAUGAAUUCACCAUGUCAAGUUUAUGGUCGACAUAAUUGCGAUGAACAUGACGAUGAUUUGCGUGAGACGCGCUGUGAUAACAAAGGCGGACAGCAAUUAAUGGAAGCACUCAAAUUCGAUUUGGAAUGCGGUUGGGAUAAUGCAGGGUGCCGUGAAACCUUCAUACUCCUCAUAACGGGAUUACUAAUGAUUGUAUUUUGGAUGUGACUGCUGAGAUGCGCAUUCAAAGUAUCGGCUGACUUUUACAAAACCCUAGAGAAGGUAUACGGAGAUAGUCCGGUUUAAAGAGAAUAUUUUACAAAUAUUGUAAAGCAAAGAGAUCACUAUGAAAGAAAGACAAAGCAGAGUUGAUGUGAGGAGAGGAUAAAGAGAAUAAUUAACAAGUGUGCUGAAACAAAUAAGCGAUGCCACCAAUCUCUAACAACCCCACCACCAAAAGCGCAAUUCCUGGACCUCAGCUGAAAUUGGUUAUGUAGUUUUUUAGAAAUAUUGCAUUUGUAUGUUUGUUUUGUAGUUCAACCGAUAAUUGGAUGUGCUGGAUUAACUUACCUCAAUUGAAUUUUUAAUGAGGACAAUUUUUUUUUUAAUUCGCCAAAUUUAAUUAAAAUAUUUAAUUGAAUAACAGUAAUAAUAUAAAAACACUUUUAACACGAAUGAAAAUUUCAUGCAACUUAACGUAUACACAUACAUAUGCACUAUAAUAACUAAACCAACAUGGCUUUUUAGCUCUAAUCCCAGAACAAUGGUAUAUUGUUAUUAAGUUUUCUUUUUCAAUUAAGCCUCCUUGUUUUUUUUUUAUCGCUUGUGCACUGUCAGUGAAUGUCAAAGUUUUAUGCUGCGUAUUACUUAAAUAAUUUUAAUGACAUAAUUUGUAAAUUUUUUCGUAUUUCUAAUAAAUAUUUUAAGACAAAAAAAACUG